AUGAUACCGUCCUCCAUCCUCCCCGAGCAGUUCGACCCGUUCGCGGUGCAUCACUUCACGCGCUUCGUGUCCCCGCCGCCACGAUCUCGGAAUGCCCAGAGCUCGUGCAGGGAGAGGGCAGACUGGCCCAAACACCCCGAGCGCGUCGACGGCGAACAAAGCCUGAGGGGUGGCGAUUGCGUGAGUAAGCUACUCGCAAGGCCAUACCCGGCCUCAACGUAA